AUGAAAAGUACUAAUUUUAGAAUGGUUAAUAAAAAUGUAGAAAUAAAUUACGAUAAUAAUAAUAAAUCAAAAUCUAUUGAUGAAGAUGAUCUUCAAUGUGAAGAAUUUGAAGAAACACCUUUAUAUGCAGCUGUUUUAACUUAUAUUAGUUAUGCUAUUUUAUGUUUAUUUGGUUGGUUACGAGAUUUUUUACGACAAUCAAAAAUUGAAAAAAAACGUGGUGCUGUAGAUCCUAAUGCAUCACUGGGAUUUGUUCCACUUUAUCAAAGUUAUGAAUCUUUUUAUACACGAAAUAUGUAUACUCGUGUUCGAGAUAUAUUUAAUCGUCCAAUUGCAAGUGUACCAGGUCCUCAAUUUGAAUUAACAGAACGGAUAUCCGAUGAUUAUAAUUGGACAUAUAGAUAUACAGGCAAAACAGUUAGUGCUAUUAAUUUGGGUUCAUAUAAUUAUUUGGGUUUUGCUGAAAAAACUGGUCCAUGUGCUAUAGAUACGAUUAAUGGACUUAAAUCAUAUGCUAUUGCAAACUGUAGUACCCGAUCGGAAAUCGGUACUCAACGUUAUCAUAUUGAACUUGAACAACUUGUAGCUGAAUUUCUUGGUGUCGAAAGUUGUAUUGCCUUUGGCAUGGGUUUUGCAACAAAUGCAUUGAAUAUACCAGUGAUUGCAUCAAAAGGCGAUUUAAUUUUAAGUGAUGAAAUGAAUCAUAUAUCGCUUAUAUUAGGUAUGCGUCUAUCGGGUGCUUGUUAUCAAACAUUUGAACAUAAUGAUAUGAAUGAUUUGGAAAAAAAAUUACGUGCUGCUAUUGUUCAUGGUCAUUCACGAACAAAUCGACCAUGGAAAAAAAUCAUAAUUGUUGUUGAAGGUGUAUAUAGUAUGGAAGGAUCAAUUUGUCGUUUACCACAAUUGAUUGAACUUAAAAAGAAAUAUAAAGCAUAUUUAUAUAUGGAUGAAGCACAUUCAAUUGGUGCAAUGGGUAAAAGUGGUCGAGGUAUUGUAGAUUAUUUUAAUGUCAAUUCGAAUGAUGUUGAUAUUCUUAUGGGAACAUUUACAAAAAGUUUUGGAUCAGCAGGUGGUUAUAUUGCAGGAAAAAAGUCUCUCAUCGAUCAUAUUCGUGUAAAUUCUCAUGCGCAUACCUAUGCAUCAAGUAUGUCAGCACCUAUUGUUCAACAAAUUAUAUCUUCGCUUCAACUUCUGAAGGGUCCAGAAGGACAAAAACGUAUUAAUCAAUUAGCAGAUAAUGCACGUUAUUUUCGACGAAAACUAGUCGAUAUGGGUUUUAUUAUUUAUGGUAAUAAAUAUUCACCCGUAGUUCCAAUGUUACUUUAUAUGCCAGCUCGAGUUACUCGUUUUAAUCGUGAAAUGUUACGUCGUGGUAUUGCCGUUGUGACUGUUGGAUUUCCAGCAACAAAAUUAUUAGAAGCUCGUGUUCGUUUUUGUUUAUCAGCCGCACAUACACGUCAAAUGCUUGAUGCGGCAUUGGAAGCAAUUGACGAAGUUGGCACCGACAUAUCAUUACGGUAUUCAACACGACACAAACCUCAACGAUUGAAAGACUUGUAA